GUUAGAUUCAACCUUCUGUAAUCCGAAUCUACAGAUCAACAAGAAUGUGUGAUUUGAUCAAAUCCAAGUGAACUGAACUAUCUGUAAGUGGUGAUAAUAGAAGUUAUAUCUUGUUCGAGCUCACAAGUAGAAACUCCUGGUGGACUAUAAUGGAUGAAAUGCUACUUGACGACGUUGUUGUUGAAGAGACAACAGUUAAUGAACUGGUAUUGAAGCCUGAGCUGGAUGGUUUAAAUGCAGAGAACCAUAGUACCGAUUUAGUAAUGAAAGAAACCGAAAACCUCGGUAAUAAUGCACAAGGAGAUGAGCCUAAAUGGGUGCAACAAGAUGAACCUAUAGCAUUGUGGGUGAAGUGGAGAGGGAAAUGGCAAGCUGGAAUCAAAUGUGCGAGAGCAGAUUGGCCGUUGACUACCUUAAGAGGGAAACCAACUCACGAUAGAAAAAAGUAUUUUGUGAUAUUUUUUCCACAUACAAAAAACUACUCGUGGGCAGAUAUGCAGCUCGUUAAGUCCAUCAAUGAGCUCCCUGAUCCUAUUGCAUAUAAGUCACACAAGAUUGGAGUUAAAAUGGUUAAAGAUUUAACCGUUGCUCGACGCAACAUUAUGCGGAAGCUUACCAUUGGUAUGCUCAACAUAGCUGACCAGUUCCCCUCAGAGGUUGUUGUGGAAUCAGCUAAUGAUAUAAUAUUCUGGAAAAAAAUUGCAAUGGAGGCUUCUAGAAGCAUAAGUUAUCAAAAUCUUGGAAGAAUGCUUGUCAAGCUUCAGAGUAUAAUUUUGCAACGUUACAUGGACCCAAACUGGCUCGAAAACUCGUUUCCUUCAUGGGUACAGAAGUGUAAUGAAGCAGUGAAUGCAGAGAGUAUUGAACUACUAAAUGAGGAACUUGACAACUCUAUCCGAUGGAACGAAGUCAAAUCCAUUUCUGAUUAUCAGAUGCAACUAAUGGUGUUCUCUGAAUGGAAAACAUGGAAGCAUGAUGUUACAAAAUGGUUCUCCAUAUCUUGUCGCAGUGUUGCAGAGACAGCAGAACAGCAGAAUGGUAGUAAAAACAUCUUUAACUCAGAUGUCCAGACGAGCCGUAAAAGACCAAAACUCGAGAUUCGACGUGCAGACACAACAAACGCAUCACAGAUAGAGUCUGAUACUUCACCACAAGGACUGACUGAAACUGAGACAAAUAGUCUUGUGGUGAUGAAAGAUGAAAACAAGAUAGUGAAUACAUCACCAGAAAAUGGUUUGGAUUUAUGGGAUGGCAUUGUUGUUGAAGCAAAUGGUUCACAGUUAGUCAGAACAAGAGAGACUAAUGAAUUGUCUCAACCACAAGUCAGAAACAUAAACGAGUCAGCUGUGAAGAAACUAUUUGGUUUGGGGAAUAAGAGUCAGCAGUGCAUAGCUUUCAUUGAGUCCAAAGGAAGACAAUGUGUGAGGUGGGCUAAUGAAGGUGAUAUUUACUGUUGUGUGCAUUUAGCUUCUUCUCCUUUCACUACCAAACUUGUAAAGAACGAGGCUUCUUCUACUGGUGAAACACCAAUGUGUAGAGGAGUCACUGUUCUUGGCACCAAAUGCAAACACAGGUCUCUAUCUGGAAUGUUGUACUGCAAGAAACACCGUCCUCACACCGAUAUAGAUUCCUCAUCCCAUCCGGUUAAAAGAAAGCUAACAGACAUUAUGUCAACAUUAGAAACAUCUCAAUGUCAAGAUGUAGUGCCUCUUAGAGAAAUAGAGGGAAGUGUGCCUAAUGAAACCACAAGCUUCACUGAGAUGCUUGAACAUUGUAGUAGCAAUGAGGAUAACUUGUGUGUUGGUUCUUGCUCAGAGAACAGCUAUGUUCCUUGCAAUGAGUUCUCUACAAAGCACACGUUAUACUGCGAACAACACGUUCCUAACUGGCUCAAGCGUGCGAGGAAUGGAAAGAGUCGGAUAAUAUCCAAAGAAGUGUUUGUAGAUCUUCUAAAGAGUUGCUCAUCGCGUAAGGAGAAGUUGCCUCUACAUCAAGCUUGUGAUGUAUUCUACAAGCUCUUCAAAAGUCUCUUGUCUUUAAGAAACUCAGUCCCGAUGGAGCAACAGCUUGAGUGGGCGAUAUCAGAAGCUUCAAGAGACGCUGGAGUUGGAGGUUUCUUGAUGAAGUUAGUAUCCCAUGAAAAGGAGAGAUUAACUAGGAUCUGGGGUUUCAAUGAUGCAUCAAUGUCAGAAUCUAUUAAUACAAUGCUUGCCAUCACCAAUGGUUUUGAUGAUAAAGGAGAAGAUAAAUGGUCGUUUAGUGGAUUUGCUUGUGCAAUUUGUUUACAUUCUUUUGUGAAGAGACAACUUUUAGAAGCUCAUGUAGAGGAGAGACAUCAUGUGCAGUUUGCGGAGAAGUGUAUGCUUCUUCAGUGUAUUCCUUGUGGCAGCAAUUUUGGAGAUAAAGAACAGUUGCUAACACAUGUUCAAGCUGUGCAUCCUUCUGAGUGCAUAUUGACUACCAAUGGUGAGUCUUCUCGAAACCCUGAAGCAGGCAACUCACAGAUUGUUGUGAACCAAAAGAAUGAGAAUACAAGCGGUUUACAUAAAUACGUAUGCAAGUUCUGUGGAUUGAAGUUCAACUUAUUACCUGACCUUGGCCGUCACCAUCAGGCAGAACACAUGGAACCGAGUCUAGUUGGCUCUCGUGGUCCGAAGAAAGGGUUAAGGUUUAAUACUUACAGGAUGAAGUCUGGUAGGCUUAGCCGUCCGAAUAAGUUCAAGAAAAGUCUUGGAGCAUUCUCAUAUAGGAUUAGAAACAUGAAGAGGAGGAUGCAAGAUUCUAAAUCACUCGGCACAGAAGCUGGAUUAUCUCCACCUCCUAAUGAUAGUACAAACUUUGAUGCUCACUGCUCUGUGGUUUCGAAAAUAUUGUUCUCAAAGAUUCAGAAAGCGAAACGUCGUCCUAAUAACAAUGAUAUCUUGUCUACUGCUCGUUCAGCUUGCUGUAGGAUGAGUCUUGAGACCUCCAUGGAGGCUAAGUUCGGGGUGUUGCCUGAGAGGAUAUAUCUCAAGGCAGCAAAACUCUGUGGUGAGCAUGGUUUACAAGUGCAGUGGCAUCAGGAAGGGUACAUAUGCUCUAACGGAUGUAAUAAGGCUUUUAAAGACCCAAAUGUUCUAUGUCCCUUGACCCCGAGACAAGAGAAUGAUCGAGUAAGGAUAGCUAUGGAGGCUGGAGAAGCUUCUAAUAACGGUUUGGAAGUGGAUGAGUGUCAUUGUAUCAUGGAGGCUCGUCAUUUUAGCAAGAUACCUUUUGGAAAGACCACUGUUUUGUGCAAUGACAUAAGCUUUGGUAAGGAACCAAUUCCCAUAUCUUGUGUCGUGGAUGAGGAUCUUUUAAAUUCCCAAAAGCAGUGUGAGAGGCCUUGGGAAUGUUUUACUUAUGUCACAAAAUCAAUGCUUUAUCCUACAGUGGAUUUUGCAAAGGAGAAGCUGCAACACAGGUGUGGUUGUCGAGGUUCAGUGUGCUCGCCUGUAACUUGUGAUCAUGUGUACCUUUUCGGUAACGAUUUUGAGGAAGCUAGAGACAUAUAUGGAAAAUCCAUGAGGUGUAGAUUCCCAUAUGAUGACAAAGAACGGAUCAUCUUGGAGGAGGGUUAUCCUGUUUAUGAAUGCAAUGAACUCUGCGGAUGCUCUAGAGCAUGUCACAACCGGGUUUUACAGAAUGGAAUUCACACAAAACUUGAAGUUUUUAGAACAGAAAGCAAGGGAUGGGGAUUACGAGCUUGUGAACAUAUACUACGUGGUACAUUCGUCUGUGAAUACAUUGGAGAAGUUCUUGAUCAGCAAGAAGCUAACAAGAGACGAAUCCAGUAUGGUGAAGAAGGUUGCAGCUACAUACAUGAUGUUGAUGCUAAUAUCAACGACAUUGGUAGAAUAGUGGGAGAGACUGAUUAUGUUAUUGAUGCUACUACUCAUGGAAAUGUCUCAAGAUUCAUAAAUCACAGCUGCUCCCCGAAUCUUGUUACUCACCAAGUUGUUGUGGAAAGCAUGGAGUCCCUUCUUGCUCAUAUCGGUCUAUUCGCCAGUACAGAUAUAGCUGCAGGAGAGGAGCUCACGCGAGACUAUGGAUGCAAACCGGUGUCAUCUGGACAAGGAAAUGAACAUUCAUGUCAUUGUAGAGCUACAAAUUGCAGAGGUCAUUUGUGUUAAGAUUUUGGCUUUUUAAGUGUCAUUCUUUGCAGCAUUGUUUAAAGCUUUUGCUUUAUUUCCCAUUGAAGUUUGUACUAUUUAAAUUUUCUAGAUUUUUUUGAGUCUGCAGAUAUCUGCAGCCAUGUU